AUGGCGUCCUGGUCUGCAAACUGUACGCAGCAGAUCCUGCCUUUCAGCCUGGGGGUGCCGGCGAGCUCGCGGGCUGAGGCGCAGCAGGUUCUACCGAAGCUCAUCGAAGUCCUUAUCAACUAUAAGGCAAAGAUUCGCAAGGUAGUACAUGAUGCUGAUCGCGGCACGGCUGCCCUUUAUGUCACCUCCAAGGCGGACAGCCGUUCGAGGGAGACUUCAAGUGAACGAACGACUUCGAUAACUCGGAACGUAGAUCAAAGCUCAAAUGUAGUCAACAAUGCCGUUCUUAUCCUGACCAAGUGA